AGGUGUAUAAAAGCCCAUGCCAAGACCCAGUUCAGGACACAGAAGACCAACAAGUCAAAGUCUGAAGAUGGGAAAGCUCCUUUUGGUAUUGGCCACAGUGCUGCUGUGCUCCGCGUUUGUCACAGCGCAGGUGAAGCCAAAUGAAGAGAUCGGCCGGGUUACAGUCCAGGUGCCGUUGCUGUCAAAUGGAAAGCCCGUCAUGAGCCAAGAUAAGGAACUGGUCGAGGUAGCGCGUGUGGUGGAGGUGAAGCCGGGCAAGCUGACGCCAGAAGAGGUUGUGGUGCCCCUAGUCAAGGUACGAAACAUGAGAGCUAUUCGGGACACUGAGAAUCCGAGCAAACCUAAUCCGGGUAUCCCGAACCCUGGCAUGCCCAAUCCCGGUAUUCCAAAUCGCGGUAUGCCUAAUCCUGGCAUCGAGACUCCUGGCAUGCCCAAUCCUGGUAUCCCGAACCCUGGCAUGCCCAAUCCCGGUAUUCCAAAUCCUGGCAUGCCCAAUCCCGGUAUUCCAAAUCGCGGUAUGCCUAAUCCUGGCAUCGAGACUCCUGGCAUGCCCAAUCCUGGUAUCCCGAACCCUGGCAUGCCCAACCCUGGCAUCCCUCUACAACCUGCCUCCUCUGAUGUUCAACCAGCUGUCGUCGCACCAGCCAACACAACGACUGCGCCUGGUCCCAUAAUGAUCAAGGGCGCCAAGAGCUGCCAUCAGUUGCUGCUGGCCAGCUCCGCUCCAGCCAAACCGCUACCCGUCCAGGAGAACUGCGACCAGCUGUGCACCAAGUUUGAGCUGAUGCCCAUCUGCGCCUACAACGGCAUCUGCAUUCACGAGUUUCCCAAUCAGUGUGUUAUGGACACCUUCAACUGCAAGCACCGUGACCUGGAGUUCCGCGCCGUGGAUGAGGAUAUUUGCAUGAUGGACUUGUGCGCUCGUCGCUGCAAAGAGCAGGAUCUCAAGAUGUAGAUCUGCGCAAAUGCUCUUCAGUCAUAUAAUAAUACAUUUUACAU